AUGGAUUGGAGGGGCAAUUGUGAUGAAGUGUUCAGAUUCCAAAUCCUUGCAAGGGCGCAUGAUGCUGAUGGAGAUGGGGGCUCUUCAAGUUCUUCUGCUUCAACUAAGAGAUGGAAAUAUCAUGUGUUCUUGAGUUUUCGAGGGGAAGAUACUCGAACAAGUUUUACUGAUCAUUUGUAUAGUGCUUUAAAACGUAAAGGAUUAAAAACUUUCAGGGAUGAAGAAGAACUUGAAAGGGGAGAAUCUAUCACACCAAGUUCGAUACAAGCAAUUGAAGAAUCUCUUUCUGCAAUUGUGGUGCUCUCCCCAAGUUAUGCUUCUUCAACUUGGUGUUUGGAUGAGCUUCAAAUGAUUCUUCAUUUAAAGGAAGAGUCGAGUCUUCAGGUAUUUCCAAUAUUUUACGGAGUAGAUCCAUCUGAUGUUGGAAAACAAAAGGGAAGUUUUGCAAAAGCAUUCAUGAAGCAUGAAGAAAGAUUUGCUCAAGACAUAAUAAAAGUGCAAAGAUGGAGGGAUGCUUUAGGAAAAGUUGCCACUACAUCUGGUUGGGACUCAAAAAAUUAUUUACAUCAAUUACAUAGACCCCCCACUAUUUUAAAAACAUACAUUUUAGGGAAAAAGACAGAAAGAUGCUACUUAAACUUCAUAAUCCCUAAAUGGUAUGAAACAGAAUUCAUUGAAAGCAUUGCUAAAGAAAUGAUGACAAAUUUACUUGAUGAAUCACUAUCUGACCUUGGUAUGUUAAUUGGGAUUGAAUCAAAAUUAGGUGAAUUGGAGUCAUUUGUAGCAAGGAAAUCACAAGGAGAUGGGUUUAUAGGAAUAUGGGGCACAGGAGGUUUAGGCAAAACAACUCUUGCUAGAGCUUUUUAUGAGCGAAAGCUUAAAGACUUCGAGAUUCACUGCUUUCUCCAUAAUAUUAGAGAGGCAUAUGAAAAAGAUGGUUUGAUGUCAUUGCAAAGAAGACUUCUUUUUUCUAUAGAUAAAAGAAGUAUGGAAGUGGAUAAUUUUUAUGAAGGAAUGAAGCUAAUAAAAAGCAUGUUGGGCAACAAAAAAUUUCUACUUGUCCUUGAUGAUGUGAGUGACGUUAGCCAACUUGAAAAUUUGGCUCCAAAGCAAGGAUGGUUCAGCAAGGGAAGCAUAAUAUUAAUAACAACUAGGGAUAAGCAUUUGCUAUCAUCACAUGGUGUAUCUUCUGUAUAUGACAUCAAAUUCUUGAAUGAUAAUGAAUCACUUGAACUUUUCCUUCAAAAAGCUUUUAAAGGAGAGCAACCUAAUGAAGAUUAUUUGGACCUUCCUAGAACCAUCAUUAAAUAUGCUGGAGGCCUUCCUUUAACACUCAAAGUGUUAGGUUCAUUUCUUUGCAAAAGAACUAUAAUGGAAUGGAAGGAUGCACUGGCUAAGUUCAAGAAGGCUCCUCCAAAGGACAUUUUGAAGAUACUUCAAGUGAGUUUUGAUGGAUUGGACAUUAAGGAGAAGACUAUAUUCUUAGAUAUCACUUGUUUUUUCAAUGGGAUGGCCCAAGAUCAUCUCAUACAAAUUUUAGAAACUUUGGAUGAGGAUCUUCAUCCAAGAAUUGGAAUAACUGUUCUUAUUGAGAAAUCAUUGGUAAUUGAUUAUGAAGGGUAUCUGUGGGUGCAUGAAAUUCUACAAGACAUGGGGAAAUUUAUUGUCUAUCAACAAUCACCUGAUGAUGCUGGGAAGCGUUCUAGGAUAUUAUCUUUAGAGGAUGCUAAUCAUGUACUAGAAAGAAAUAAGGGGACAGAAGCAAUUCGAGGAAUAUUGUUAAGAUUAGAAAAGUCAUGUGAUGUAUUUUGGGAUCCUGAAGCCUUCUUAAAGAUGCGUAAUCUCAAGAUACUUAUUAUUUCAAUUUCAAGUUGCUCAGAUGUUUCACAUUGCCAGUUGAAUCUUCCUUAUGGACUCAAGACACUUUCCAGUGAGUUGAAAAUCAUAGAAUGGGAGAGGUAUCCAUUACUUUAUUUGCCAAGUCAACCUCAAUUGCAUAAACUUGUUGAACUAAAAAUGCAGCAUAGCAAAUUAAAAGAACUUUGGAGAGGAAUACAGUCUCUUCAAAGCCUGAAGUCCAUUGAUCUAUCCCAUUCAGAAUGCCUCAUCAAAGCACCAAAUUUUGAUGGAAUUCCUCAUCUUGAAAAAUUGAUUCUUGAAGGGUGUUUUAAUUUGGUUGAAAUUCACCGGUCUCUUGGCCAACACAAGAAACUUGUCAUUGUUAACUUGAAAGGUUGCAGAAAAGCUAAAAUCCUUCCAAGAAAAUUUGAGAUGAAUAAAUUAGAAGCUUUUGUUCUAUCUGGUUGUACAAGAAUUAGAAAGCUUCCUCAGUUUGGAAAAGAUAUGAAAUGUUUAUCUAAGCUUGAUUUACAGGAGACUGCUAUAACCAAACUACCUCAAUCAUUGGGCAAUUUGAUUGGUCUCACUGAAUUAAGUUUGAAAAAUUGCAAAAAGCUAGUUUGUCUUCCAUAUAACAUUUGUAAAUUGAAAGCUUUGAAAAUUAUCAGAAUUCCAGGCUGCUCACAGCUUUCAAAGUUGCCCGAGAAUUUGAAUGACAAUGAGGCUUUGGAAGAGCUUGAUUUGAGUAAAAUUGCUGUGAAAGGGUUAUCACUUUAA